GCGCUAUUUAUAUAUGAAUCAUGAAUGAUUCUUGCUGCUGCGAAUUAAAAAUACGACAGUCUAUAUAUUUCAUUUACGUCGGAUUUUGACAAUAUUUCUUUGUAACAAGCUUCAGCAAUGGAGGACGAAGACGUAUUCCGGCAGCCCCAUGAAGGCCUGUUGAACAAGUUCACCAAUGUAGUGAAGGGGUGGCAGUACCGAUGGUUUGUUCUGGAUCCUAGCAGAGGUGCCCUUGAGUACUUCCUGAAUGAGGAAGGCAAGAAGCAGAAGCCUAGGGGAGCAAUUCAUUUGUCUGGAGCUGUUGUGUCGCCUAGUGAUGAAGACUCGCAGACCUUCAUGGUGAAUGCUGCCAAUGGAGAGGUUUACAGGCUACGAGCUCAAGAUGCCAAAGAGAGACAGCUGUGGGUCAGUCGGCUCAGGUCUAUCGUUCAGAGACAAAGAGAUAUGCUGGUGGAUUUCAGGGACCCCUCUCUGUCUGCGUCAUCAGAGUCUCUUCACAACCGCACAGCGUCCAAGUGGAGUCUUCACAGGAACUCACCGCGGAGCUCAGUCUCCUCGCACGCGGGUGUCAGCGGUGGGAUACAGAGGCAGACCAGGACGUCUGCCACACUGACGGCAACGCAGGAGUCCCUGAGGAACGCCAAAGAAAUCCUGAUUGUAGCCGAGGAACAACAGAAGAACAUGGUUCAAGGAUUGGAGUCAUUACCUACCUCAGGACCAGGUAUUAACAGUCUAGAUCAUGAUUGUUUAUUAUUGAAAGCAACUUCUCAAGCCACCAUGGAAUGCUUAGAAGACUGCCUCACUAUGCUGCAACGUCAGGAGUUGACCCAAGGUCAAAGGUCGGCCCAGGAGCUUGAACUUUCGCAGAGCAUGGCCAACAUCAGUGUUGACAUCAGGACACACCUCCCUGAGACAAGACCCCCUGCAGAGCACCAAGCCAUCCAAUCAACAAGCAGGACAGCGAUGACAUCACCACAGAGGGGCAGGCCUGGAGGCGUGGCUGGACCCAAUACAAACACAUCUCAUAAUAUACCAACACCAUUGAGCCAUGAGGAUGAGGUACCUGACGUAGAAGACGAUGCGGAUAAAGAUCUCGGAGCAGUGGAAGAACACAAGAGCAUCAUCCUGCAUUUACUCUCUCAACUCAAACUAGGAAUGGACCUCACCAAAGUCGUUUUACCAACCUUUAUUCUUGAGAGACGGUCGCUGCUUGAGAUGUUUGCAGACUUCAUGGCACUACCACACAUGUUUGCCAGAAUACCCACAUUACCGACCCCAGAAGCAAGGAUGCUAGCUGUCGUAGAAUACUAUCUCUGUUCCUUUCAUGUUGGUAGAAAGGGUUCCCUUGCCAAAAAGCCGUACAACCCGAUCCUGGGAGAGACAUUCCACUGCUCUUGGGACGUGCCUUCCUCUUCAUCCCCCAGCCAAUCACAGGACUCCAUUUUAAAUGGUGACCAAUCAGGCGGAGGGGCUGCAUCAGUAGGUCGGGGGUCUGACAGGGUGACGUUUGUAGCGGAGCAGGUAUCCCAUCAUCCUCCUGUGUCAGCUUUCUACGCAGAGUGUGCAGCUAAGAGGAUCUGUAUGAACUCAUCGGUCUAUACCAAGUCAAAGUUCCUCGGCAUGUCCAUAGGAGUCAAUAUGAUCGGGGAAUGUGCAGUACAUGUAUUAGACCACGGAGAGACCUACACACUAACGUUUCCUAAUGCAUACGGACGGUCUAUCUUGACGAUACCGUGGAUGGAGCUGGGUGGAAAGGUCCUAAUACAGUGCGCAAAGUCAAACUUUUCAGCUUCAGUUGUCUUCCAUACAAAGCCAUUCUAUGGGGGCAAAGUUCAUAGGUUGACUGCAGAGGUCAAGAAUCCGGCCAAUCAGACAGUCUGUAAGGUCCAGGGAGAAUGGAACGGAAGGCUGGAAUACACCUACUCAUCCGGAGAGCAGAAGGUUAUAGAUACCAGCAAGCAAUCGGGCUGCCCUAAGAGAGUAAGACCGGUCAGUAUGCAAGGGGAAUACGAGUCGAGGAGAUUAUGGCAGAACGUUACAUCAAGUCUGAAGGUUGGCGAUAUCAACACAGCUACAGAACACAAGAGAUAUCUGGAAGAGAGACAGAGGCAGGAGAAGAAGUUACGGAUGGAGACCAGCUCUGCCUGGCAAACCAAGCUGUUCUCCCCCGCUCCCAACAAUGGAUGGGUCUACAACCACAUACUCAAGCAUUAGCGAUCACUGCAAGCUGGAUCAGUCCAUUUAGCAUAG